AUAGAAGUAACCCACGAAUCAUAUCAAUCUCUAUUUCAAUUCAUAUUCGAAUUCCAAACUAAUCCAUUCAUACCAAACAAAACACAACUCACUCAGAUUUCAGAUUCUCACCAAAUUCUCAAGACAAUGGAGUCGACGCCGGUGAAUUGGGAAGCUCUUGACGCUCUCGUCAUCGAUUUCGCCAAAUCGGAAAACCUAAUCGAAGACUCAUCCUCCGCUCCCUCUCCAUCCUCUUCCCCUUCCUCUUCCUCUUACCACUCCAGACUCGUCAUCCGCCAGAUCAGACGCUCCCUAGAGACCGGCGCCAUUGACGCAGCCGUCGAUCUCCUCCGCCUCCACGCUCCCUCCAUCCUCAACGACCACCGGAUUCUCUUCCGUUUGCACAAGCAGAAAUUUAUUGAGCUUCUUCGGAAGGGGACGACAGAGGAUCGAGACUCUGCUAUUGAGUGCCUGAGGACGGCUCUCGCUCCUUGCGCGCUCGAUGCGUAUCCGGAAGCAUAUGAGGAAUUCAAGCAUGUGCUGCUCGCAUUUAUAUAUGACAAGGAUGAUAAGACUUCUCCAGUGGCCAAUGAGUGGUCAGAAUGGAGGAGGCUUGACUUAGCUGGGUUUAUGUCCUCUAUGUUAAGGGCUCAUUUAAAUGCUUAUGAUCCAAUUUUUUCAAUGGCUCUGAGAUAUUUGAUAAGCAUACACAGGGCAUAUUGUUUACGUCAAGGUAUUACAUCACCAAUCUCUGAUCUCACUGAAAGAUUGCUCCUUGAAGAGCGGGACCCUCCUGCAACACCACAGGACAUUUUAUAUGAAGUACCACCAUUUGAUGAGGUUGACAUACAGGCUCUUGCACAUGCUGUAGAGCUUACCAGACAAGGGGCAAUUGAUAGCUUGAGAUUUGCUAAGGGUGAUCUGUUCCUGGCAUUUCAGAAUGAAUUAUGUCGUAUGAGAUUGGAUGUUCCCCUUCUUGAUCAACUUGUUCGUGAGUAUUGUGUUUACAGAGGCAUCGUUGACUCUGGUAGAGCAUCUCCUCUGUUGAAUCCUAGCUCUUCCGGGAAGCAACCUAUUCCAGAACCCAUAAAAUUCAACCAAGACCCUGGGUGUUGCUCAUCCAGGGAUUGUUCUCUUGAGCUAGAUUGUAAUGCCAGCAAGCAUUCUGAUGGUGAAACCUCUGUUACCAACGCUCAGAUGGAUGGUUCCCCUGAAAAUAGUGCUGAUGUAACAAGCAUGCGACGAAUCGAUUUUGAAGUACGAUAUGCUUCUGAACUCACAAGCAUUCAUGAAGACUGUAGCACCAGUGGAUCACAUCAACAUGAAGAUCCAAGUGUUUUGCAACGAAGCAGAUUGCCUGCAAAUGGAGAAAGGAGCAAACGCAAGCGUUGGAGAGGACGGUAUGAUGACAGUAGUUACAUGCCCAGUACAUCUUUGGAAGAGCAGAGCAAGCAAGAGCAUAGCAUAAAUACCACUGUUUCAACAUUAUCAAAGGAGAAACAGGGCUCUGAAAAGCUUUCUGUACAUGAAGUUAGUAUUGUAGAAGAUAAAUAUGAGAUUCUGUUGGGAAUGAAGGAAUUAGCUAGCAGAGGAAUGGCUGCUGAAGCAGUUGAGGAAGUCAAUGGUAUUGACCCCAAUUUCUUUGUACAGAACUCUGUUUUGCUCUUCCAACUCAAGCAGGUUGAAUUCCUCAAGUUGGUCAGCUCUGGUGAUUAUAAUGCUGCUUUAAGGGUUGCUUGCACUCAUUUGGGUCCUUUAGCUGCUAGUGAUCCUGCUUUAUUAAAGCCAUUGAAAGAAACUCUCUUGGCUUUACUACGACCUAAUGAAGAUGCUCUUGGAAAUGCAUUACCUCUACAUGCUCUAGCUGCAUCUCUCCAGGUGGCAGUUGGUCGGAGGCUUGGUGUUGAAGAACCUCAACUCAUGAAAAUAAUGCGAGCCACUCUUCAUACUCAUAAUGAGUGGUUUAAACUUCAAAUGUGCAAAGAUCGUUUUGAAGGUCUCUUGAGGAUUGAUUCCUUGAAGGAAGCAAAUACUCCCUUCCUUUCACCAGCCUGUACGUCCAAGUCAUUUGCUGAUAGCUGCACAAAUGGAUCUUCUCAGGCUACAGUAUCUUCAGGAACCAGAAUGUCAGAAGAUGGUAGCAGUCCAACUCAAGUGUCUUCGAGGGACGCCAUCUGUGAUGAAGGUGCAAUACUCAAAGUAAUGGAGUUUUUGGCUUUGCCUAGGGCCGAUGCUAUACAUCUGCUUGCACAAUACAACGGAAAUGCGGAGACCGUCAUUCAGCAGAUAUUUGCCUAGGCAUUGUGAAGGACAAUAGAAUUUGUUUAUUUGAAGAAGGGUCAAAUUAUUAUUUUUUCAAUAUUAUUUUAUUCAAUUUGUGAAUUUUUUUUAUAACGUGUACAUAUAUAGCUGCAAAGAGGAAGUCGCUGCAACGUUUGAAAUCCAAAUUGACACAAACUACUCUCCUGUACAGAAUCUCUUGAUUUUUUACCUCAGUUUUAAUAUGAGAAAGGUUGUAUUUAAUAAAAUAAUAAUUGGCGUGAUUCAAGUGGGUUUAAAAGACUUGUAUUCAUAUACUUUUUACAUGAGCAAUGCUAUUACCGAAUGAUAAGGUGAAAAUUGUGUG